AUGUACAAGAGGGCGGUUCCUACACCAUGGAUAUGCUCGAGGUGUAUUCGACGACGAUUACCUGCGAUCAUCCGGCAGAAUCAUGCGCAGGCCGCUGGCCCGGCGCCCCUAGAGAGCCCAGCUGCCCUGGACUACAAGCCCUCUCCUGGACAAGUAGCAUUCGAUGUUACGGCUCCUGGAUCGCGGCAAGAUGAUCAUAAUCUGGGAAAGAUAUUCGACUCGCCGCCGUUCUGGAAAGAGUUCUCCCAGUCCUCAAGGUCCGGAUCGCCUGUUGGACUGUUCCAAAAUCGAUAUCUCACCACGCCCAAAGGCUUCGAAGCAUUCGCAGACGCAAGUCUGAAGAAGGCAAAAAAAGUGGUCACCAAGAUACUAGAAGCUUCGACAGCGGAGGAAUAUGCGUAUGUGGUCAAGAAUAUGGAGAGACUUAGUGAUUUGUUAUGUCGAGUUAUCGAUCUAGCGGACUUCGUUAAGGCAACACAUCCGGAUCCGAGGAUAAACUAUGCUGCGACGAAGGCGUAUGCGAUGAUGUACGAAUUCAUGAAUGUUUUGAACACCACUUCGGGACUUGCGCAUCAGUUGGACAUCGCUAUGAAACAUCACGGCUCUUCAUGGUCUGAAGAGGAACGGCUGGUGGCGAUGAUCCUGAAAAGGGAUUUUGCAAAAUCCGCUAUCGACAUGCCGCAAAAAAACAAAGAGAAGUUCAUUUCCCUUUCCCAGGAGAUUGUUGAACUCGAUUUCGUCGACCAUAUUCAGCCCGAGCACCAGUCGCAUACUUUCUAUACGUCCGCUUUGCUAGGCAUGGAUCCUGUCCUUGUCAAAGAGUACACGAAAUUUGGGAUGACUACACUCCCAACAAUAGGCGAAACUGCAAGCGCUGCCUUGCAUACAGUUCAGAAUGAAGAGAUCAGGAGGCAGAUAUUCAUGGCGAGCCGGACAGCCUCAAGUUCCACUCUGGAGAAGCUCCAUGCUCUUCUGACAAAGAGAGCGGAGCUGGCGAAGUUAUCCAAGUUUGAGAGCUAUGGACAUAUGUCCUUAGAAGACAAGAUGGCCAAAAAUCCCGAGGCCGUACGAUCAUUUCUUCAAGAAUUCUCGGGACACAAUCAGCCCCAUGUACAGUUAUGUCUGAAUGAACUAUCCGAGGUCAAGAAGUCGCACAUGGGUAAAAGCAAUGCUCAUCUCGAGCCCUGGGAUAAGGAUUUCUAUAUGGCACGUAUCCUGUCCUCUAUGCCGUCUAGAAUCAAGAACUCCGAUUUCCUGUCGUCGUACUUUUCGCUUGGCAGAGUCAUGCAGGGAAUCUCCAGACUCUUUACCCGUCUGUACGGAGUGAGAUUCGUUCCACGAGAGAGUCUAUCGGGGGAGACAUGGAACUCAGACGUCCGGACCCUUGAUGUGAUAUCUGAGACGGAUGGCCAUGUUGCAGUGUUAUACUGUGACCUCUUUGCCAGAGCAGGCAAAUCGCCGAACCCAGCACAUUUCACAAUCCGCUGCUCUCGGCGGAUCCGAGAACAGGAAAUCGAAGAAGCUGCAGCAGUCGGCAACUCACUCUUCUCAUCCGCAGAUCAGGCCGCCAACGACGGCAUGGCCAUCGCCAGAAGCCCUGAUGGCACUGUUAUGCAACUGCCAAUCAUAGCACUAAUCUGCAACUUCGCAACCAACCCUAACAACUCCCGCAUCCCCUCUCUCCUCUCGUUCAACGAGGUCUCAACCCUCUUCCAUGAAAUGGGCCACGCCAUCCACUCCAUUCUCGGCCGCACCAACUUUCAAGAAGUAUCCGGCACCCGCUGCGCCACCGACUUCGCCGAACUCCCAUCAAUUCUCAUGGAGCACUUUGCCUCCGACCCCUCAGUCCUCGCCCUCUUCGCAUCCCACUACGAGACUAAUCAACCACUCCCCUACGAAAUGGUAGCUGAGAAGCUAGCUCUCGACCAGAAAUUCGAGGCCGUUGACACAGAGAAUCAACUCAUCCUCUCCCUACUUGAUCAGCGGUGCCACUCGGCCGCCGCUCUUGACCCGGCCUGGAACAGCGCACAUGCGUACCGGCAGCUGCAAAUCGAGCACGGCGUUAUGCCAGCCGACCCCCCGGAGACAUCCUGGGCAGGCUUCUUCGGACAUCUCUACGGGUACGGCGCCUCGUACUAUAGCUAUCUUUUUGACAGAGUGCUCGCGGAGAGGAUCUGGCAGAAAGUCUUUAUGGGGGGUCUUGGGGGAGGCAGUCUGGAGAGGUGCAAUGGGGAGAGGUUUCGCGAGGAGGUGUUGAGUUGGGGGGGCGCGCGGGACCCGUGGAAGUGUCUUGCGGGGGCGCUGGGGGAUGAGAGGGUCGAGGCAGGGGGUCGGCCAGCGAUGAGGAUCGUGGGGAGUUGGGGAGCGGAGAAGCGGAGGAAGUCAAGAGAGGGGAAGCUCUAG